AUGCAUACACCAACCUCCCCCAAGAAGCCAAAGAGUGUCCCUGAGCCUGAACCCAGUGAUACGGAACCUGGGGCCGCAUCUCCCCUGCCCUCUGAGUGGACCUCAGUGAGGAUCAACCCUCAGGAGGACUUGGUUGGGCAGGAUGUGCUGGCUGUAUGUGUCAUGGUCAACUGUGAAGACAGCAGCUCUGAGACAGAGUCAGACUGUGAGGAUGAGGUCCCCUUUGCAGAACCCUAUGAGGAAAGACCCCAGCAGCUGGAACCCCCAUCCCUACCCAAGCCCCUCACCCGGCACAUCUCCCUUUGUAAGACUCUGAGCGAAGCUGUCUCUCCACGGUGCCCUGAGGAGUCCAAAGCUGUGCACGAUUUGCUGUCAGUGAACAACAAAAGAACUAUCUUGUCUCCAAAAGACACUUCUCCUUUAUUGUCUUCUUCAUCUUCCUCACCAUCUUCUUCUUCAGCCAGCAUUCCAGGCAGUGCUUCCAGUGGUUCUUCCUCACCUCAGGUAACAGAUUGCAGCCAUCCCUCAUAUGAGUCAGUAGGUCCUUUCAGUAGCUCCAGAACAAUCUUCCUGAAGCAAACCAGAGCUGAAGGAACACCCGAAGAAAUUCCCCUGUAUCUGCCUCACCAUGGAGUCCUGGAACGAGCAGAUUACUGCCUGGGGAGCCCUGGUGAUGAUGGCUGCACAAACCCCAAACCAAACAGCCCUGGAGAGAGGGCUUGUGAGGGGUAUCAGGAAGUGGAGGCCUCUUUGGGAAACACUAGAAGCAUCCACAGAGGCCCACUCUCCAUUGGAGAAAAGGACCAACAGCUCCCUCUCAAGACUGGAGGAGACAUAAGAGGCAAUAGUACUGAACCUAGAGGAGGCGAGAGAGGGACAGAAAUGGCAGAGGAGAAGUCCAGUUUAAAGAAGUUAGUCCUCACUCAGGAACAGAAGACCAACUUGCUGGAUUGGAAUAGUGAUUCCCUCUCAGGGAGCUUGCCGCUUAGCGUUGGGGAGCAACUUUCCCAGAGACGUUCUGAGAGUUGUAGAGGUGGUCGUGUCCUGAAACCUGUCUGUCCCUUGACACUUCCUCAGGCAACUAGAGAAACACUGUCUUCCUGCAAAAACUCUCAGGAGAAGGUGGGGACCCUGACUGAACAGUGUCCCGGAGAGCGAAACACAGCUCCACCCAAGUCUCCCCUGCGUCUCAUAGCAAAUGCAAUCAAAAGGUCCCUGGAGCCCCUCCUCCCCAACUCAGAAAAUGGGAAGAAGGUCUGGCCCAAGCCCAAAUCAAAGACUUUGCCCACCAGCCAACCUCACAUUUGUACUCGCUCACUCAGCCUACGGAAUACCAGUUACCAAAAAGACUGGAACCAGCAGUCCCAGGGGAGAGACAUGGCAAGCAGGGCCUCCUCCUUCUUCUCCCUGGGAACCCCCACUGCCUGGGCUGCCCAAGCCUCAGACCCUAGCCCUCCUGACCUUGCUUUCUGCACACACAGUUUGCCCAACCAUCCAUGCAAGAUCUUUCCUAAGCCUAUGUCUCCACCCUGCAGCAAAAUAGAAGACGUCCCCACACUCCUGGAGAAAGUAAGUUUGCAAGAUACCUUGCAAGAUGCUUCUAGAGUGCCACACAGAAAACUCUCACUCUUUUCCUCUCUGAGAUCCAAAGACAAAACUUUUGAGAGUUUCCUCCAAGAAUCCAGGCAACGAAUGGACUUCAUGGACCUCUUUAGCAGGCCUAAGGGGAAGGUACUGCCUGUAGACAAUGACUUUCCCAUGGAGAAGCUGGUAACACCUCUCAGGAACAAAUCCUUACAGCAAGGAUCAGUCCCACCCUUUACAGAAAGGUUCGGGUUGACACGGGCACUGAGCUGUUCGGACCACCCGCCUCUCUUGUUUGGAGGACCCAAGCACAUCCCCAUUCAAGCACAGGUGAUAGAGACGGCCUCGGCACUGUCUUCUACCUCCUCCUCCUCUGCAGAUGAAGAAUUCGAUCCCCAGCCUUCCUUGCGGUCAAAGGAGAGGAAGACAAUUCGAAGAAGAAAGAAACUGGAAAAGGCAACAAAGCAGCUAAUCAAGCAAGAAGAACUGAAAAGACUUCAUAAAGCUCAGACCAUCCAGAGGCAGCUGGAGGAGGUGGAGGAGAGACAGAGGGCUUUCGAGAUCCGGGGCGUGAGGCUGGAGAAAGCGCUGAGAGGAGAAGCAGAUUCAGGAGCACAUGAUGAAGCACAGCUUUUGCAGGAAUGGUUUAAACUGGUUCUGGAGAAGAAUAAAUUAACGCGAUAUGAGUCAGAGCUACUGAUCAAGGCUCAAGAACUUGAAUUAGAAGACCAUCAAAGCAGACUGGAGCAGAAACUAAGAGAGAAAAUGCUCAAGGAGGAGAGCCAGAAAGAUGAGAAUGACCUAAACGAGGAGCAGGAAAUAUUCACCGAGAUGAUGCAAGUGAUUGAGCAAAGGGACAAACUUGUAGACUCCUUAGAGGAACAACGCAUCAAAGAAAAAGCUGAAGACGAGCACUUUGAAAGCUUCAUAUUCUCCAGGGUCUGCCAGCUGAGCAGGACGUGA